CAAAAAUAUUGGUGGUAAUUUUUGACUGUGUAACUUUACAAACUCCAUAGAACCAGUAAAAAUGGCCCAGCUGAUGGAAAACGAGGUCUUCAUGGCCUUCGCCACCUACGCUGCCAUCGUCACCCUGAAGAUGAUGCUGAUGGGGCCGAUCACUUCAUACUUCCGGAUCACUCGAGGGUCUUUCAGCAAUGAGGAAGAUGUUGCCAGAAAGUCUGAUGAGGAGAAGAAGAAGCUGCUGAAAAGUCAUCCAGAUGUGGAACGAGCUCAGCGGUGUCAUCGCAACGACCUGGAGAACAUCGUUCCCUUCUUCUUCAUCGGCCUGCUCUACGCUCUGACCGGACCGGAACUUUCCACGGCCCUGCUUCACUUCCGCACGUUCACAGCCUGCCGCCUCUUCCACACCAUCGCCUACAUCGGUGCCCUGCCUCAGCCCAGCCGGGGGCUCUCCUACCUGGUGGGCGUGUUGGUCACCACCUCCAUGGCGUACAGGGUGCUCAGCACCGUCCUCCUCCUGUAGGGGGCGGCGCUGAGGGGACGCCCUGUUCACAGUUUGACUGAGCCUAUUACUGAAUGUGAUGUGCAAGAGUAAUUUACCUGACUGGGAAUGUGAAUAAAACAUUUAAUAAUAAAWGUUUGUGUCGACUGUG